AUGUUGGGACGGCGAGCGUGGACUUACGCCACGGCCAGUUUCAUCGGACUCGCUUUGAUCUACAUCAUCUUCAUCAACGACGCCGUCAAUCUCCCUGGCAGCAGAACUCAGACAUCGCGCCCCAUCACGCAAUCGACACCUCUGAAUCGUACACGUGAAGAUGAUCUUGAACGCGUGCUGGGGCCGCUCCGGCACAUCGUGUCGCCGACCUACCAUCGCACAGAGGCGCUUCCCGAAUACCUAGACAACUACGCCACGGGCAAGAUCCCCUCCCUCAGGAAAAUCAUCCUCAUCUGGAACAACGAGGAAGACGCUCCUGCAUCGCUCAACCGCUCCAUCGCCAAGUAUCCCGUGCCGGUCGUUCUCGAGAGGCGCGCCCGCAACUCCAAGAAUGAGCGCUUCCGCCGCACGCCAGCCAUCACGACCGCCGCCGUCCUCGCGCUCGACGACGACAUGGUCAUCAUCCCGCGCGACGUGGAGUACGGCUUCCAAGCCUGGCAGACUCACCGCUAUCCUCGGAGUCGCAUGGUAGGAUACGUGCGGCGCCGUGUCAGUGCAGAUGGCCACUAUCGCAUGUCUCCGAGCCCGCAAGGGUACAGUAUGGUGCUGACGAAGUCCGCCUUCAUCCACGUGGACUGGAUGGACCUGUGGUGGGCGGACACGCUGUUGAUGCAGGACUUCCGGGACUACGUGGACGCUCGCAAGCUGCCGGAGAAGUAUCCCGACCUGCGGACUGGUUGCGAAGACAUCGCCAUGUCGUAUCUCUACGCUCACCACACCCGGAUGCCGCCGCUCUGGGUUGCCGAUGCAACUUUCCAUGAUAUCGGACACGCGAAGAUGGACGGCAUUUCGACGCAGCCCGGCCACAACGACGCCAGACAGGCCUGCGUGCAUCACUUCAAUGAUGUGUUCGGGAAGGAUACAAUGGUUGAUACGCAGAUGCAUGUGACGCUCAUCAAGGACGACAAGGCAGCGGAUUGGGUUUGA